CGCUCGCCAGUCUCGCCGACUCUCGGCUACGCAAGCAGAAUCAGCUGUCGCGCGCACCGAGAGGCCUUGCAGGCGUCAGGUGGUGAAAAUCAGCCAUAAGUUGCGCAGAAGCGAUGAAUUCAGCGCCGUUAGUUUGGGGCGUGCAAGCGCGAAGUGUUGCAAAUGGGGACCGGGCCUGGCGCCUCGCUGCUGGGCCUUGUGCGGCGUGAGCUAACAGGCAGCGAUAGCGGGCGCACGCACAUGCUCAUGUGCGUGCGAAAUGCAGGCGUUCGAUAUGAACGCUGCAUGCGGCUUGCUCUCGUGAGGGGCGCAUCGCGUGGCGCCGUCGGCCUCCACGCGGCCCUUACAGGCGCAGCCCUGCAGCUGCCUGCAAUUGGUAUGAAACAGCAGUACUAAGGGUACCACCGUACCAGUGGUCAUGCAAGGGAUGGCUGGCAGGGAUUGGUGCACACGCGCCAGCUGCAUGGAGUCGGCUGCUUAGGUUGCAUGAGAAUAGUGGAAGUGAAUCAAAGCUGCAAGCUUUGGCGCAUACAAGCGCAAGCUAACAGGUAUAGACGUACGGCACAGCGCAAUGACGAUACGGAUCGUUUGCCUAUGGUAAAGGAGUCACAAAGUGGGUGGAUUCAGUCUGCUAGCAACAGCUAGAAUAAUUAUGGUUUUGAAUACGCGAGUACGUGAAUCCGUUGAUUUGUGUCGCUUGGGUAACAAUCCAUGUCACUGCCAAAAUGCCGUACAAGUGGUACGGAGCCUUAGAGGAGGCUGUUUCCACACCCGCCUGCAACUCCUGACAAAAGCAGGCUUCAAUGUAUGCUACAACUUCUGAUGCGGUAUCACUAUAACAGCAGUGGCCGGCGAACUGAAGUGGGAGGACGCUGCGCGCACACAUGCCACCUGGUGGAAUUGGCAGCAAGAGUGCGUGGCAACUUGUUGUGACACGAGUUCCCAUGCAAACCGCAACAUGCGUGAUGUUAACGCGUUUAUGUCCUCAAAUCAGCACUGGAAUGUGACCUCCAGUCGAAAUCGCAGGU